AUGCACGAUAUAGUUGAGCCAAACGAAGAAGCCGCGGACUACCCUAUGGAGUCGCCGCGAACGGAACCUGAUCACUGCAUCGACCCGCCCACCGCGGGGGUGGCUCGAUCGGGACCGAGGGUCUGGUUCCGAGACAUUGGAGAGAGUAAGGAACCCGUGGGGGACCAAGCUUGGAUGGAUCCCGGUCAGUCCGAAUUCUUGCGGGAACUUGCCGCUCAGAUGGCCCGGGGGGUAGUGCAGGCCUCCCAGAGGUCCAUCGGGUACGAGGACGGCAAGAACAUGAGGGAUUUCCUCGACCUUGCAGAGUUAGAUUUCAUCGAGAGAGGGCUAGAAGAACGGCUGUGGGGAGAAGAACUCAAAAGAUACCUGCGAGGAGACGCCUUGAGAUUCUGGCUGUACCUGCGUCGCACUGGAGAACCCUUAACUGAUUGGGAGCAACUGAGACAGCGAUUCUGUGAGCAGUUCUGUAAUAUUACUCUGGAACGGAUGAAGGUCAUGAUAGCGAAGAAUGUCUGGAGGGGCGACCACCACGCAUACUCUGCGCGUUUCGCGGACAUUGUGGCUCAAGGGGUGACGGUGGCUCCAGAUAUGUUGGUGGGGUACUACCUGGCCAACCUGCCAGGUGAAAUACUCAGAGAGAUAACUCGAGGGGGAACAAGGACAUUCGCAGACUGGCGAGACGCCGCUGCAGCACUGGCUGCUAUGGCGACACCGUGGAAGGAUCUAUGCGAAAACCACCACCGAUUCCGGCGAGACUUAGAGGACGCCACGCGUAGAUGGGCUAAAGGCGGGCGGGAGCCGGACCUAGUACGCAGGGAUUUCCUCGACCUUGCAGAGUUAGAUUUCAUCGAGAGAGGGCUAGAAGAACGGCUGUGGGGAGAAGAACUCAAAAGAUACCUGCGAGGAGACGCCUUGAGAUUCUGGCUGUACCUGCGUCGCACUGGAGAACCCUUAACUGAUUGGGAGCAACUGAGACAGCGAUUCUGUGAGCAGUUCUGUAAUAUUACUCUGGAACGGAUGAAGGUCAUGAUAGCGAAGAAUGUCUGGAGGGGCGACCACCACGCAUACUCUGCGCGUUUCGCGGACAUUGUGGCUCAAGGGGUGACGGUGGCUCCAGAUAUGUUGGUGGGGUACUACCUGGCCAACCUGCCAGGUGAAAUACUCAGAGAGAUAACUCGAGGGGGAACAAGGAGAUUCGCAGACUGGCGAGACGCCGCUGCAGCACUGGCUGCUAUGGCGACACCGUGGAAGGAUCUAUGCGAAAACCACCACCGAUUCCGGCGAGACUUAGAGGACGCCACGCGUAGAUGGGCUAAAGGCGGGCGGGAGCCGGACCUAGUU